CGAGCGCGGGGGAGGUGGUCUGUCCCGCAGGUGCAGAAUAUAAAAACCGGGGUGGGGGGCUAACACGGACGCCACCUUCCUCUCUCCUCCUAGAAACCCUACCACACUCCUCCACCUCUUCCUCUCUCCAUCUCGCUGCUAAAGAUGUCGACUGUGUCUCUGUCCUCCCCCUGCAUGGUAAGAGUCGCACCACCAAAGCGGAUCAACAGCGCCAUCAUCAAGAACCCAUUUUCACUUGGAUCCGUGAAUAGCGUCUCAAAGUCAUUCCGCUUGAAGUCAUCCCCUGGUUUUAGAGCAUCUAUGGCCGUGUACAAGAUUAAGCUCAUCGGACCCAACGGCGAAGAAAAUGAGUUUGAAGCUCCUGAUGAUACGUACAUUCUCGACUCCGCUGAAAACGCUGGGGUUGAGCUGCCUUAUUCAUGCAGGGCUGGAGCUUGCUCUACUUGCGCUGGGCAGAUGGUGAGCGGUACAGUGGAUCAGAGUGACGGCUCUUUCCUUGAUGAGAACCAAAUGAAAGAGGGUUAUCUACUAACCUGCGUAUCAUACCCGACUUCCGAUUGUGUGAUUCACACCCACAAGGAAAGUGAACUGUACUGAAUGUUGUUGCGUCCGGAUCGAAGUAGGGCUUGCUCAUGUCGUUUGUAGCUUUUGGCAGCAGGGGGAUGAUCAUGAUGAUGGCUAUAAGGAACUCUUGGUUGUCGCAUGUAGUUUUCUGGUGUAUGCUCUUUGUUUUGUUUUGUUCUGUCGGAGAUUGUGUUGCAUGCUUUCUGCAAUAACCUUCCCUGAAGAUAAUGGAAGACCUUGCUCAGGCUCUCCUGUCUGAUCAUUUUAUUACUCA